CCAAUAUAGUUGAACAUUUUUCCAACUGAACAAUCUGAAACUCUCUUUUCCUUUGCAGAUAGAGAGUCUCUCGAACUCCUCCUCUAUUUGAUCUGUGAAUAAUGGCGGAACAAAGCGAUACGGUGUCGUCUAGCUCUAAUCAAUCUUCUACUAUUCAAAGUUCGUCUCAUGACAACCUCAACAAGCAACCCCAGGUGCAGGCAUUCUCUGGUUUUCAAGCAUACCCAUAUGGGGAUUUUCAGAUGUAUCCAAUUGUAUACCCUGCACUGGUACCAGGGUUAACUUCUAUACAAACUCAGGAAGAAAUGAAUCGCGGAGCUGGCAUUUAUGCAGUGCCUGUUCCACCAUUUAUGGGGCCAAUUGCCGGACUUCCAUCAAAUACCCUCGUUCCUCUUACUUACAAUAUACCCACCAGGUCGACUCAUGAUGCUGGGGCAGUCAGUGAUCACGGGCAAGGGGGACAACAGCCACAACAGCAGCAACAGCCUGCACCUCAAAGACAAGUUGUUGUGAGGAGAUUUCAGAUUGCAUUUCAGCUUGAUUUGUUACUUAUACUUAAACUAGCAGCUGUGAUCUUUUUGUUCAACCAAGAUGGAUCGAGGCAAAGACUAGUUGUCCUCGUGUUCUUUGCUUCACUUGUCUAUUUAUAUCAAACUGGAGCUCUCACACCAUUAGUACAAUGGCUCUCGCAGAGCAUGCAAAGAGCAGCUCAACCUCCACGUCCACCCAGGCCUGUUGUUAGAGCGGACAAUGUUCCUGCUGCCGCAAGGCAGAAUGAGAAUGUUGCUUUAGCAGAGGGGCAAGCUGGAGCUGAUAAUGAAAAUCGUGCUGCAGGGGAUGGUAACCAGGCCAACGAGAAUGGAAAUGUAGCAGAACCCAGAGGAGUUAAUGGUGGUAACUGGUGGGGAAUUGUGAAGGAGAUUCAGAUGAUUGUAUUUGGGUUCAUUACCUCUCUUCUACCAGGCUUUCACAACAUAGAUUAGAUCAUACUUUAGCAGGCUAACCAACGUUAUGAACCAGCAUAUAGAAGCUGGAUACAGUUGUUUUGUCGUUUUUUCGUUUCUUUUUGAAAUAAUGUAAGAAGUGUCAUCCUGUUUAUUUAUAGAUAUAACUUCCAGAUAUAUAUCUCUGCAAUUAUGGCUUGCAUGUUGAUUUUCAAA